CCCACAUCCUAGGGUUUCCUUUCCCUAACAAAUGAUACAUGUGGUGUUUGUUUCCUAUCUACCAAUCGUAAAGCAGUCUAUAACCGCACAACAAAAGGUCAAGUUUCAACCCCAUCUUACGUGGUAUUCAAAAGGCCACAGCAGAAAGUCAACAAAGCUGAUUAAGAAAGCGCCCACUGUAAAUUUUAUAAGAAAACAAUGAUGUGGAAGCAGUAAAUUUACAUGUGAUGGGAGCGGCGGACAUUAGAUAAGAGAUACCAAAUCUCCUUCAAUCGCCACACCACUUUUUGCAUUCCAAAUCCAAAAAUGGCUGCCAAUCGCGAUGAAAACCCCCUAAUCGUCGGCGCCCCUGAUGCAGAGGAUUCUCCCUUUGUUGACAGAAAUCCUCCAACGACGCUUCUCUGCUGCUGCGCUGAAUUUCCGCUGUGGAGUGACAAGCUCAAGGGAUCCCUGCGGCGGGGAAAAGAAUGGUCUGUUUCGAUCGUUUGUGCUCGCAAAUUGAUCAACCUUUUCAAGAAACUGAAGAAAAGUAAGAGUUUGGCGAUUUACAGCAGCAAUCAGACCAAAUCCGGGAGAUUUCAGUACGAUGCUUUCAGUUAUGCGCUUAAUUUCGAUGAUGGGAGUGUGGAUGAAGAUGAGUAUUCUCUGCGAGCAUUUUCUGCCAGAUUUGCUUGCCCGAUUGCCAAGCCCAGGGAUUCAAAUUGCCCCCUGCAUUGCCCAUCUCUGUAAGGAAGAAGAACAGGGGAGAAAACAGAGGAGAUCCAGUCCGCGCUCGCUGUUUAUGUGCUGAUCAAUUGUUUUAUGAGUUUUUACUUUUGGUUUAUACCAAACAUUGAUUGGAACCCACAUUCAAAUCUCUCAUUUUGUUUCUCUUCUGCCCUUUUUUGGGCAGCUUCUGGAUCAUAUCCAUGAGGAUCUGUAAUUUUUACUCUGUUCAACAAAAAAUCUCUUUUUUUUUCUGA